GACUAAUAUUAUGAAUAAGUGAAUACGGAAUAUUAGCAUAGGUAUCAGAAUUCGACGGACUACCGAUACACGAAUACAAGCUGUAUUACGAAUAUCUUAGUGAAUACUAAUAUAUCGGUAUCACCCUUAUAGAGUAUUGUUACAAACUAUUCUUAACAAAUAUUCCAACAAUUUAAUGAUCUGAUUACUAAUUUAAUUAAUUUCUUAUUUAAUAGUGUGUAAUUUAUGAAUCUGUGAAAGUGUGAACCUUGGUGGGUCUCCAUCUACACUGCUUGCGUGGUCUUCGAAUGUUAUAUACUGCUGCAUAUUAAUUUGACUAAUCUGAAUUCGAAAUGGUGAAUUUAUUAGCAACAUUGAUAUUAGCCUCAGAAAAAGCUGCUCGGAUCGCUAGGUCAUGUGUGAGCAAUACACAAAAAGACGCAUUAUUGGUUGCUGAAAAAGAUAUUUCUGAAUCCAAUAUUCGUUUUAAUAAGGAUUACAAGACCGUUGCAGAUGUUCUAGUACAAGAAACAAUAAAAGCAAAUAUUGAGAAGGCUUUCCCAGAACUAAAAAACCAGGUUAGAGGUGAAGAAAGUUCAGAGAUUAAUGGACAAGUGAUUGUUUUGAAAAACUUUGAUCACACUGUUGAACUAUUAAGUCAACUAAUACCACCGUCUGCAGCGAAAAUAAUGGCAGCUGCAGCAUACAGCAAAAAUAUUGUCACUUGUAAAGAUUUACCUCAAGAUUUACCAGACUUACCAUUGUCAGAUAUAGGGAUAUGGAUUGAUCCAAUUGAUGCAACAUUUGAAUUUAUCGCUGGGGUCAGAGGUGAAGCUGAACCCGGAAAAGGUUUAAUAUGUGUCACAGUUCUUAUUGGAGCAUAUCUUAUAUCUACAGGAGAACCUAUUAUAGGAGUAAUUAACCAACCUUUUGCUAAUGAAGGCCAAGGCAACAUUAUCUGGGGUAUUAGUUACAAUGAUUACAAAAGAUGGGGAGGAACUUACGAUAUGAAUUUUCACUCUCCUCCUAAUACAUUGCUAAUAAGUGCAUCAGAAAAUAUUGAAAUUGUUGAGAAAUUUAAUAAGGCUGAUUGGGAAGUUAAAAUACUGCCAGGAGCGGGUAAUAAACUCCUAAAAGUUGCCUUAGGAGAAGUAUCAGCAUACAUUGUAUCAAAGCCAACAAUAUUUCGUUGGGACACAUGUGCUGGUCACGCUAUCCUCAAAGCCAAGGGUGGUGAAAUUCUAACUUACAACAACCGCACUCCUAUAACAUACAACACACCUCUAACAGCUUCUACUAAAGAUAAUGGUAAUUUGGAUGGUAUCAUUGCAUUUUCAAAUGAUGCCAUUUAUCAAAAAUUAAAUGAGAUCUUAAAUACUUAAAUUAAAGUUUUUAUAAUUAACAAAUAAGAAUAAACCUAUGUAGUGCUAGACAACCAAGUCUCUUUAGAGAAUACUUUUGUCUAUUAUACAGUUAAUUAGGAUUGAUAGGAACGUUCAUUAAUACAAACCACAUAUUCAGUGGCAAGCAACAACGUACCAAGACUGCCAAAAAUAAUAAAUUCCUACAUUUUAAGUCUUUUAGUAAAUAUAGUACACCUACAAAAUAAGGACUUUUUUUGCCAGAUAGGUUAUUAAUGUGUUAAAAAUAGUAGUCAUUUUUGUAAAGAAUAACUGAACACAAGUAGCUAAUCAGUACAUGUUUGUAUCUGCCACAGUUAUCUGUUCAAGAAAAAUUACUGUUAACAAGCCCUUGUAUCAAUUAAAAGGUAAAUAAUCCAAGGUUUCAAAAUGUAUUUGUUUUUGUAAUAUAACAAAGUCAAAAAUAUUGGAUAUGUACCCAAUAUGUGAAUAAAAAAUUGAUGAUACGUUUGUAAAUAAAAUUUUUAAAUAAUUUUUAAUGUUAUCAGCCUGUUUUUGUAAUAAAGACAAAAUAUAUAUAAUCAAUUCACAUUUUGAAUACUAAAAGCCCCCAUAGUGUAUCGGAUUUUUUUAUAAAUUUAUGUACAACAGCUUAAGAAUAGAACCUAUAUUCCAAUUUUCUUUAGAUAUAAGCUGUCAACAUAAUAGGUAUAAAAUGGAUGAAAUUUAAAAUGUUUAAAGGUAAAUUUUUAUUAUGGCAUCAAAUUUUAAAGAUAUCUGUUGUGUCAAUCGAUGUAGUUAUUUGUGAGGUUUUUUUUUCACUUAUUAAAUAAUAAUUUAUUGAUCUCUUUGUGGAAAUAUCCAUUUGUCUCACUGCAUCUAGUUUUAUAUGAGAAGUCUCAUGAACGUCAAAGUGUGGAUAUGUUAUCGAUAUUCGUAUUAUUGGUCUGUGUUAAAAUAGAGACUUACCUACACACAGUAACAAACAGUAAAUGAAGGCUUCCCAUGUCAUAAAGUAUUAAUCAUAGAUUGUAUGUAUGUAGAGCUUUAACCCACCCUGUGAUUUUACUAUAUUUAAUUUUAUUCUGUAAAGUUUUUCAUAAUAUUAUACAUUUUGAGGAAAAUCUUGGAAAUAAUAAACUGUAAGAAUGUA